AUUAUUACAUAUAUAAAUAAUCAAAUAUAGUCUACUAUGACAUAAUCAAAUGCAUAAACUAUUUUACACAUAAAAUAUGUUUCACUGCAAAAAAAUUUUGCCACUCACUUUACAUGGAUCUUUAAGACAAUUAUAUACUUCAAGUCUUUUACAAAAAGCUGUUAUAAUAAACGGUAAAGAAAUAGCUAAUGAAAUUCAAAAUGAAUUAAAAGCAACUGUUCAGAGUUGGAUAAAUGAUAAAAAGAAGCCUAAAUUAGUAGCCAUAAAAGUUGGUAAUGAUCCAGCUAGUAAAGUAUAUGUUGAAAGAAAAAUGAAAGCUGCAAAUUUCAUUGGAAUUGAAAGUUAUACUAUCCACUUGGAGGAAAAUAGUUCGCAGCAAGAUCUUCUUAAAGAAAUUGAUUAUUUAAAUAAAGAUAAAAAUGUAAAUGGGAUUCUUGUGCAGUUGCCAUUACCAAAACACAUGAAUGAACACGAAGUAUGUCAAGCAAUUGUACCAAAUAAAGAUGUUGAUGGUUUCCAUUUACAAAACCUGGGUAGUUUAGCAUCAAAUAGAGAUGGGAUUAUUCCUGCAACUGCUUUGGCUGUGAAAGAAUUGAUAAUUAGAAGCAAUAUCGAAACUUUUGGGAAAAAUGCAGUGGUAGUGGGAAGAUCUAAACAUGUUGGGUUACCAAUUGCAUUACUUUUACAUGCUGAUAGCAGAGAUAAAACAGGUGCGUUAGACAUGACUACAACAAUAUGUCAUCGCCAUACUCCUCACACUGAACUAGAAAAACUUACAAAAUUGGCAGAUUUAAUAGUAGUUGCAGCUGGUAUUCCUGGUUUGAUCACUAAGGAAAUGGUAAAACCAGGAGCAUGUGUAAUUGAUGUAGGGAUUACAAGAAUAAAAAUGGAUAAUAAAUACAAAUUAAUAGGGGAUGUAGACUUUGAAAGUGUACAAGCAGUUGCUGGACACAUAACUCCUGUACCAGGAGGUGUAGGUCCCAUGACUGUAGCAAUGUUGAUGAAAAAUACUAUUUUAGCAGCUAAAAAAAAUUAUGACAAUUUAAAAUCUCAAUAAUUUUCAGCACAGUAUUGAUAAUUAUGCAAUGUAUUAUGUUUUCCUGUGGAUAUUGAGUGAAAAUAAUAAGACUUUUUAUUUUUUAUUA